AUGAGCUCUAUCAAGUUUCUGAAGAACCUCUAUGCAGUUGCUUCUUCUGGGGCCCAUUCUGCUAUUCAAUGGAAUAAUCAAGGUAAUGGAAUUCUUAUCUUAGAUAAGAACCGAUUUAUUAGGGAAUCUCUUCCUUCUAUCUGUAAAUCCGAUGAGUAUGGUACUUUUAUUAGACAACUAAACAAUUAUGGCUUCUCUAAAGUUAAGACGGGUGGAGUUGAUGAGUUCGUGAAUGAACACUUUCAAAAAGACUCGCCAGAAAGUCUGUUGCAACUUAAACGUCGUAAUUUUACUGAGAAGACUGUAGAUUUACAGGCUUUACAGAAUAAUCAGUACCAGUUACAUGCGAGUAUGUGUGAAAUAAACGAAGUGAAUAGAAGUCUGCUGCAGGAGUUGUACCAUUUAAAGGGAAAGGUUGAGCAGCAGGAGAAGACUAUUAAUGAGUUAGUUAGGGCUUUCAUUCGUAUAUUCAAUAAGCAGUCGCCUAAACAAGCAGUGCCUCAAUUAGAAAGUGGAUCAGUAAGUGGUCGAUCUGAACUAGGGAUGGAGUUACCGGGUCAGUUGAGUAGUUCUGAACCUUUGGAAAUGCUUUUGGAAGAAGAUACGACGAGUUUAGAUGGUGGGAGUAAAACUAAAGUGUCCGGAUUGAGUUUAGACGAGUUCUUAAAUGAAGAAUACGAUGGAGUUUAG